AUGACCAGUUUCUUUCCUUGCACUUCUCCAUGUUCACCAAAAGACAACCACGACCGGGAAGAACCCAACGCAUUUGACUUGACUUGGCGCAACUACCUACCUUCGAUCCAUCAGGUGUGCCCUUGUCUGCCAAGCCGUUGCUUCACCCGCCAACAGCAGCCUAUUCGCUUAGAGGAAGAGGAUCCUUCCGUACUUCUCUUUGAUCCCAACUAUUAUAAUGACCACAUCGUUCAUCGUCGAUCGGAUUAUGGUUAUUUCAUCAACGACCGAGAACUUGGUUCCGAAUUUGGCGACUAUAUGCCCAACUUUGUCACGAGGAAUCCGUUUGGCAAGUUAAAACGAAAAAACAAACGAAAGAAUAAGCAGAAAUACACAGUGAUGGAGCCCGAAGAGGACCAAGAAGGACCCAUGGUUUACGAAAUUUUUGAUGAAGAUGAAGACCAAUUAGACGCGGAGUUCCUUGGCGAUGAACAAAUUGCCAGUAUCAUCGAUGACCGAAAAAAGGCAAUGAACAUGUAUGAUGAAGCGCUCUAUGAGAAUGAUACGGUACGCAUGGGGCCUGUGGUGCAGGAAAUGCACCCAACGUCAAGGCAACAAUAUUACGCUGCGCGGACGAUGCCUUCAACCAUGAUGGAUACCACUGUUGAUCAGCAUCAUGAUGAUUCAUUCCGGGUUUCCGAACACUAUGUUGAAUCGUCAGAGCAACCCGAACCUGCAUUUGCUGCUCAGGUUUUGCUAAAUGAACAUCUUGAAGACUUGAACGAAAAAUUGACUCUUAUACGAAACAAUAUCAUGAACAUUGGCAAGCUUGACAAUUCAUCAGCUAAAAAGACGGUAGACGAAGAGAACACACACACAACGGCGCUACGAGACAUUGGCCAGCCUUCAUCCUCGGAUAGAGCUGCGUUUGAUAUUGAUUCGAUCACUUCAGAAGCCUUGAGCGAAUACGAAGCUACGUCUAAAACAAUUUAUUCACACGAAGAAACCGAGUCUUCUUCGCGACGAUAUUCCAAACUGUCUGAACUUCAAAUACCACUGUCGGAUGCUUCCCACUCCACUGCUCCUUUCGGCUCUGACCAUCAUCCGUUUUCGUAUUACUCAUCCAAUAAUAACCAUGCCGAUUCGUACACGGAAAACAGCGACAACGACAGACCUUCAUCGUUAAAUCUCAACCUCCGUACUAUUCUCGAUCUUAGCAAAAAAUGGUUCAGCUAG